AGCUGUUGAUUCGAUAAGAGAGCAAAAGUAAUAACAAAACCCAUGAAAGCCAAUUGUUAUUAUUUUGUGAUGCAAUAGUUUCAAUAUUUGGAUACAAAAUGCAGCUUACCCGCCUUUUACUGAAGCCUCGAGCCUCGGAAGUAUUGACCGCAUAUUUGAAACAAUGCCAUGAGCCACCUUGGACAUCAUAUUUCGUGAAGUCUAGUUUCACGAUGUGGCCAACGAUCAGAGGGGAAUGUCUCACUUUAAUUGGACCCUGGAAAACGGAACCAACUAUCACAUUCUUCGCACCGCCUGUUAUCCCUAUAUGAAGUACCACUGUAGCAAGAGGGAGGUGCAGGAUCUUUGGCUGGAGGACAAGUUCUUUCGCUUCCUUAAGGUGAUUAAUUUGGGCUUACCAAUGCUCUUCUAUGGACUGGCUGCCAUCCGUCUAAUUAGUCACACCGAGAUCGUUCAUGUCAGCGAGACGGUAAAAGUUCCCAUAUACUUUCUAUAUCCUGAGGACAAGGGCUCAAGCUUUUGAUUUGAUUUCCUGAACUCCAAAAUGUGAAAUGUGAAGAAAAGCCUUCUUAUCUAAAUAUAUGCAUAUUCAGUUAAUGU